UGCGGAGGAAAUCGAAACCACUUGAAUUAAAACGCCGUUGUGUACAAAUCCUCUUUCAACGUUCGAUUGAUUGAUUCGUCUCCGUCGUUUGUGAAAUCGUUCAUUCGUUCAAGUAUUACAAAAAAUCUAUCCCCCAAACGGCGGUAACGACACUACGAACGCGUCGUAAAAGGAAAUAAAGAUAGGCAAAGAAGAAUAAAGAAUAAACACACAAAAAAAAGAAAAAACACAUACGUCUGACUAACGACGGCAGACAGACGUUCGUUUGAGUGGCAAAUCAGUUUCGCAAUACAUACACAAACAAAAGCCAAUAGUCUGGCGAGUGCGUGUGUGUUUGUCUGUCUGCCAGAGUCGGCCAGCCAGCCAUCAAGCCUGGUGUUGGCUUGUGUCUGAAUUGCUUUGUGUGGCUGUGUGCAUGUAGCGCUGUGUGUAUGUGUGUGCGUGGACAAAUCGUUUUAUUACAGCGCGAAAAAUCGAUUAAACGAUUCAACGGAGAAACCGAAAUCGGCUGUUGGAUCCAAAGGACACCAUAGAGGGCAAUGCUUGACUUUGGAUAUACAAUAAAGUGAAAUAAAGACCUACAUCGGACUUUUAAGAUCAGCCACAAACAACAUUUGAUUUUUUUUAUGGAAUUCAAUACUAACCGUAUUGAUUAAAAGGACCUGAGAAAUAUGAAAAACAAUCGGCUUUGCAGACUGCUUAACAAAUAAAGUCCCUUAAACGACGCAUCCUGCAUAUUUUAAUCGGAGCCAUGUAUGACGGCACAGUGAAUAUGGACAAAAUGACGGUGGCCCAAAAGAAUGCAUAUCUGGAGGCACAUAUGGCGGUACAACAGCAAAUGGCCCAAGCGGCUAUACAAUUUAAACAACAACAGCAGCAACAACAAACGUCCAAUACUAAUCAAACACAACAACAAAGUUCUCCCAAUAGCAAUAAUAAUAAUACUAGUAAUAGCAACAACAACAAUACAAACCAACAACUUCAACAGCAACAACAGCAACAGCAGCAGCAGCAGCAACAACAGCAGCAACAACAACAACACUAUACGAGCACCAUUAAAGUACCACAAAUAAGUUCCUCAAGUUCGGCCGGCAAUGACAGCACUUUUACAGUACCCGACGAUGUAGGCAUGGGUUUUGAAGGGGGCGUUCGCGUACUUCAAAGUUUGGGCACCUGGUCUGCGGACAACAUCACCUACAACAUACCCAAGCCGAAUUUGAUACCUUUUACCGAGCCAUAUGUGGAGGGGGGUUCAAUGCAUCCAGCCAGCCGUCUCAAGGCUCUGCAACAAGUGCAACAGGCCUCUUCAGGUGUACGUAAAGUCAAUCCGUCUAAACCCACAAAUAAAGCUUUUGAAUGCACCGUUUGCGGCAAGGGCUUAGCGCGCAAGGAUAAGCUGACCAUUCACAUGCGUAUACAUACGGGAGAGAAGCCUUAUAUUUGUGAAGUUUGCAAUAAAGCCUUUGCUCGCCGUGAUAAGCUCGUCAUUCAUAUGAAUAAAUUCAAACAUGUGACUCCAACAAAUAUCGCUCCUCUCGGGAAGCGUCUCAAUAAUUUGGUCAAGAAAAAAGAACCCGAGUCUGAAGACAAUAAACAAAACCUGGAGUUACAAUUGCAACAACAGGCUGUACAGGUGGCUGCCCAAAAUAUCAUUGUUCAAACAUCUAGCGGACAGCAUGCUGGUGGAGGUCAGGCCACAGCAAUACCGGGCAUUAUAAUACCUCAUCAUCAUGCCCAACAGCAGUUGUCGUGGACUUGUGAAUUGUGCGGUCGUAUGUUUUCCAAUCGAGAUGAGUGGACACUGCAUGCCAAGAGUCAUUUGGAGGUGAGCAAAAUAUUGACAUCAGGAACAGGAAACAACAGAAAUUGGAAAAACCGCCAAAAUGGCAACACUUGCACAUCAGCGCAACUAUCAAAUGGAAGCAACUACGAACAGCAACAACAACAAUAAUAGCGGUGGAGGUAGCAAUAAUAGUGGCAGCAAUGAUGACAUGUCGCAACGUAAAGAGAAGAUAAUCAUUCAGAAUCAAAUGUUUAUCAA